GAGGAAGACAUCCAGAAGUGGAGGGAAGAGCGGAGAAGACAUUUCCCCACAAAAGACAACAUUAAGCAGAAGGAAGAGCUGAAAGAGAGACAGAGAUUAGAAGACAUGGAGACGAGGAAGCAAUUGGUGAAAGAAAGGGAAAGAGAGAGACAGAGGACUGAGGAGAGAGUGGACCAUAAGAGUGACCACUGUUUGGACAAAAAGUCGAAAUUCAAUAAAAAUAAUAGAAAUACAAAACAAAUGAAAGCAAAGCAAAGACUGCAACCACUGGUCAAUAAUAAUCGCAAACUAACUCUCUUUCAAAAACUAUUAAUGAAUGAUAAUAAUAAUGAACAGAAUGGCGAUAAUGAAGAGAAGAUCACCGAAUCAAUUGAUGGCAAUGAAUAGACAUUUUUAGAUAACUAAAC